GCGACCGACUCCGACUCGUCUCCUCUCCUCCUUCAUCUCGCCGCGGGCUUCCCCCCUUCCCAGCGCCGUCGGUCACUCCGGCACCACCGGACUCAGCACGCAAAUGGCUUCACGUCUCGAAUUCCCAUUCAUCAAACAAGAGCAUGAAGACAAUCCAAGCCCUUGGAUGUGUCCUGACCUGAUCGUGACAGGUGAAGAUGUUAACGCUGGAGCAGUCGUGAAGCAAGAAGAGGAGGGAGGUCUGGGCACUGAGAUAAUGAGGAUUGUGGUGAAAAAUGAAGCGGAUGAAGAUGAUGCAGAUAUAAUUAAAUUUGGAGACAGUGAGAGAUCAGAUGAGACGGAGAAUUCCCACGCAUAUCUGGCCAUACCGGACCAGAAUUUCAUCGAGGUGGAAUUAUUGGCAGAGGACAUCGGUCAAGAUGAAGUCCUGUGCGAGGAGUGUGGGGAGGGCCUCGGCAGAUUCUUCAAAGUGAAGGUGGAUGAAGCGAAUGGCGCUGGCCAGGCUGCGAAAGCCUGCGCGCAGUGCGGAAAGAUGCUCGCAGGCUCCACGUUUUACAUUCACAGGCAACAGAGCAGCACGCACGCUGGCAGUGAGCAGCAAUACUCAAGAGCGAUGCGCGGGAAGGCGUCCGCACGGGUCGAGAAGUCAGGGGUGCGAAAUGUGAUGACCAAUGCCGGUGGGAGGAAGCACCACAUGUGCCAGGAGUGUGGGAAGGGGUUUUCUUAUCAUUGCGAAUUAAAGGUGCACUUUAGAACACACACAGGCGAGAGGCCGUACGUGUGCAGGGAAUGUGGCAAAGGGUUCACGACGUGUUCCAGUUUAAACAUGCACUACGUGACGCACACCGGCGAGAAGCCGCACAUGUGCGAGGAGUGCGGUAAGAAGUUUUCGCAACGUUCUAGUUUGGAGUCGCAUUAUAAAAUACACGCUGGCAAUAAGCCGCACGUGUGCAUGGAGUGUGGGAGGAGCUUCAUACAACGUUCCAAUCUGAAGAGGCAUGCCAGAACGCACACGGGCGAGAAGCCCCACGUGUGCGAGGAGUGCGGCAAGGGCUUCGCGCAGCUGUCCAGUUUGGAGCAGCAUUUUAGAACGCACACCGGCGAGCGUCCGUACGCGUGCAAGGAGUGCGGCAAGAGGUUAACGACUCGCGCCGGUUUGGAGCAGCAUUCCCGAACGCACACGGGCGAGAGGCCGUACGUGUGCAAGGAGUGCGGCAAAAAGUUUAAAACGAGGUCUAGUUUGAAAAAGCACUGCGUGACGCACACGGGCGAGAAGCUGUACAUGUGCGAGAAAUGCGGGAAGAGGUUCUCGCAGCGUUCCAGUUUGGACACCCACUAUAAGAUACACGCCGGCAACAAGCCUCACGUGUGCGAGGAGUGUGGGAAGGCGUUCUCGCAGCUUUCCAAUUUAAAGAAGCACUCGAGAACGCACACCGGUGAGAAGCCAUACAUGUGCAAGGAGUGCGGGAAGGAGUUCUCCCAACGGUUCGAUUUAAAGAGGCACCACAUAAUACACACCGGCGAGAAGCCGCACGUGUGCAAGGAGUGCGGCAAGGGGUUUUCCGAGCGAUUUGAUUUAAAGAAGCAUUCUAGAACGCACACAGGGGAGAAGCCGCACGUGUGCAAAGAGUGCGGCAAGGGGUUUUCGCGAAGUAUUACUUUAAAGAAGCAUUCUAGAAAACACUACCAAAUGGAAAUCUUGAGUUAAAAUGUUACCAUUCAUAUUGAAAGAAAAUGUGUAGUUUUUUUUCCAUGAAUUACAUUCGCAUAUUGCUAUCGUACCCUUUUCACUUCACUGAGGACCGACAAUGUUGAGAUUCCGUGGCCAAGGUGUUAUAUAACGAGAGGAUCACAUGAUGGUGUCUGCCACCUCCCUCGCUUUCUUGCCCGAUCGACCUCAUCAAUGAAACCACCACAGCCAGACCCGUGAUGUUGGCUCACGAACCUCGGUAUUCAGGUUUAGCUUAUCACACAGAAUCCAGCCACAAACCAUAAACAAUAUUGUAUCUUUCAUACGUGGACUAGGGAGAUCACAUCAUUCCCUUCAUCUCUUGCAACAGUUUGGUUUACUACAAUAAUACAGCCGGCGUAUCAUUUCAUAAAAUGUGUACAUAUUUUAUAUAAUCGAUUGUCGUAUGCACAUUUCUAUGCAUUUACCGUGAGCAUAAUGUAUUUAAAAUAAUUGAUGUGUCAUUACAUCGACAUUUGAUUUAAGCUGUAAGAACCCGAUAAGCUAUGAAGCUCUUUUUAACAGGUGGCCAUGCCUGGCAACAACCUCCUUGAUCCUUGUAUCAGUCGAGCACGGGGUGAUACGAACUUCGCUGUGAUCAUGGCAGUCGUGUUUUCAACUGGGAAAGAACGUGAGAAGUCAUUUUGGAAUUCAGUCUUAGCCGUGCAAUUUUAUGUAAACGUGACGGUUAAUGAUGACGUUUUUAAGCUGCUGCAGUAUUGCAUGUUUGUCGUAACUGCAACGUUAAUCUUCACUAAAUGUACCCGAUCUAUGUGCUGUGAAGAAGGGCCAUUGGAGGGCCACGGUGUUAUUGUCCAAUGUGUUGAGUGUUUUGUUAUUUGUGCCUGUCCACCACUGACAAACGCAGCAUCACAAAUAAUUAGUUUUGUUGUUUAGUUCCAUCUAUUCAUUUAUAUUAAAUGAUUGUUGAGUGAAGAGA